AUGGAGCUCAACGGGGCGGUGGAGGCGAUGAAGGAGAAGAUCAAGGAGAGAGGAGGAGAGAAGGCGGCAGCGGCAGCGGCAGCAGGCACAUCGGCGGCAGCAGCAAGUACGGCAGCAGCAGGAGCAGCAGGAGCAGAGAAGGGUCAUGAGAAGGAGACGAAGAGCGCAGACAAGGAGGCGGGGAGUGCGGAGAAAGUAGUGGUGGGCAUCAUAUCGGGGAAGGUGGUGACAGCAACAGAACAGGAGGAGGCGAUCAAGAAGAAGGAGAAGAUGGUUAGGGAGAGGAUGCAGUCGCAGUUCGGGAGGAUCAUGGAGGAGCAGAAGAAGCUGGAGGAGGUGAGGAGGGAGCUGGAGAAGCUGUCGGAACCCACGAGGAGGGACAUCGAGAUCAUCAGGGAGAGGCUAGAGGUCGUGGACCGAGAGCUGCAGAGGUGCUCCAAGGACCACAUAGCGAAGAAGAAGGCGUAUGAGGCAGCAUGCGCGGAGUUGGAGAAGAAGAAUCAAGAGAAGCUCAUGCUCGCGGACCAUCUCAGGAUGAUCAUCCACGAGAGCGAGAUCCGGAAGACGCAGAAGCUCGAGGAGAUCAUGGACAAGCUCGGAGUGACGGACACUACCGAGAUCUUCGACGGGUUCCAUUGA